CAAAUAAUAUAGGAAAUAAUACGUACUGUUUCGUUAGUGAUGGACUUUGUUGCACCCUUCCUUCUCCCUCUGUGAGUAUCCCUCCGACUCCUGUUGAAGGGUACAUACUCAAACUCAGUGACCAGUUCUCAACAAGUGUUAAUUUCUACUCAGCUCAUGGAGCGAUAGGAGUGUGUUAUGAUAUUGAAAACGAGGCCAUUCAAAGUUGCAGUGGGUGCAGACCAGGAGGAGAUUGUGAUGAACCAAGAUGCAUUCAGAACACUUUGACUGGGAAUAUAGAUAGUUGUACUAACGAUGCCUGUGUUUGCAAAAAGGGCUUUGCCCCUCCUAACUGUUGCGAAUGUGUGGGGCUUAAUAAUGGACGCCAAUCUCACUACGUGGACCCAGUCACAAAUCAGUGCACAUCUUUCUGUCAAGCAAACUGCCCACAGCCAACAAUAAAUGGGUGCACUCGGUGUACUGUUGGAUUCAAGCCCAGAGACUGCUGUCGAUGCGAUGAUGGCUUCUUUGACAACCAGGGAUUUUGUGAUUCACCCUGCAAGAAAAACGUGGAUACUUGUUCUAAUGGAACGUGUUAUUGCAACGAGGGAUACUUGCCUAAGGACUGCUGCAAUUGUGAUCGAGGCUUUUUCAAGGAUGAAAAAGAUGAUACCUGCAAAUCACCUAAAUGUGAACUCAAUGUGGACAAAUGUGUCGAUGGAGAGUGUACGUGCAAACCUGGAUACUUACCUCACGACUGUUGUGAUUGUGCCCCUGGCUAUUACAAGGAUGAAGAAGACGGAAAAUGCAAAUUACCCCGAUGUCAGCCUAAUAUAAAAACUCAGUGCAUGAAUGGAGAGUGCACCUGUAAAGAUGGCUAUUUAUCUCAAGACUGCUGCGAGUGUGCUCCCGACUAUUACAAAGACGGUAAUGAAUGCAAAUUACCAAUUUGUGAUAAUAUUAAACGCUGUUUUGGUGGCGUGUGCACCUGUGAAGAGAAUUAUUUACCACCUGAUUGCUGUGACUGUGAGAAGAACUUGUACGAGGCUUAUGACGGAACAUGCCUUGAACCCUGUGUGGACAAUAUUGUGUCCUGUACCAGAGGGGUGUGCACGUGUAAUGUUGGAUUUAGUGGAGACGAUUGUUGCACGGAGAGUUGUACCCCUGCCCAAGACGUCUACCUUUUGAUCGAUGCUACUAGCAGUUACAUUAGUCCAAAUUUCUGUCGAACCCAAUACAGCACCCAGUUGAUGAUAUCAGCAUUGAAUCCGGGGAGUAGCCUUACUGCAGGAACUCGCCUAGGUGUAGUGAUGUACCCCACUAUUAGGGGAGACGACGGAAGAUUUAAGGAUUUAAGAGAUAAGCCUCGAGAAGCUAUUAACCUUUUGAACAUUGGUGUUGGUUGUACGGAAGCAGUCGGAAAGUUCAACAACUUAAUUGAUGGUUUUAUGAACGUUGAUAGGGCCACCCCAGUGAGUCCUUACUUAAAAUACAUGAAAAGUAUGUUGACAUACCCUGCAACAGCAUUUGAAUUACUCAAUAACAAAAUAGACAAGGCAAUUGUUAAUGGAGAAGAAAAAGCGAAUCGUCGACGAGUGGUUAUUGUGAUUACAGAUGGAGUUAACGAUGAAUCUACAGAUACUGACGCUCAAAGAGCGAAAAAUCCGAAACUAGACGAGCAGAUCAAAAAACUCAGGGAACUCACUAUAAAUCCCAGCAUCAAAAUCAUAGCUGCCGGCCAUGAUGGAUAUAAAAGCAACAUUCAAGGAAGAAAUAAAUUUAUGAAGGAUUUGGAAACGAUUGCUGGAGACAAAAAUAAUGUCGUUGUUGACAGCAAUCCUUUAAAAUUGUCUCGUAAACUCAUACAGAAAAUGAUUGAUCUCAAUACAAUUUGCCAAAGUGAUGGUGAGAAAUUAUUGAAGAAAAGUCUUCAAGACACUAACAAUGUCAAUUCAUUCUGCUAUUGCAUGCUUGCUCGAAAUCCUAGAAAUGGAGACAAUUUCUCUGCAUGUCAACGAUACUGCACUGAGAAAACAUAUCAAAAGUGUCGGGCCCCCCCUGACUGCCCUGGGGGACCACCUGGGAUAAAUAAUCCAUGGUACGUUGGUUCCAAGAACUACGGAGAUUCAAUAGUCAGCCAGAACAAAAUGGACACUAAGAGUGAGCUUGAGGAGGAGAUUCUCGCUGCGGUUGAAGAGAUACUGAAGGAGAGGAUAAGCAACUAAGCCAGAGGGCACAAACUGACAUAAGGACUUGCUAUAAUUUAAAGAUCUAGCUAGAGCUUCUAAUUUGAUUCAGUUGAUUAUUUUCCAAAGCAUGUAUAUAUAUGUUAUAGUUAUAUAUUUACCAUCAAUCGUCUCUGGCAUACAAGCUAUA